UGCAGCUCAUGCAUGGUCGGCGUGUUGACUUUGCCUCUUGGGCAACCUUUUUUAAACCGAAGGCUUGAGGGAUGCGUUUCUGAAAACGUGUUGUGCGCCUACGGUAGUCUUACGUUCCAUUGCAGCAGGCGACAUUGCGAAAGACGUAAGAAACGACUCCGUUAUCUGGUUAUACACAGGCAUGCAAGCGACGUGCCAGACUUCACUUGGUGCCAGGGACGUUCGGAAAGCGACCAGCACAACCUUGUUGAUUUGCUGUGUUGUUGGCUCGCGAUCAAUGGAGGUAUUUGGUGCGCGGUGCUAUCUGGUGGUGGGGUGGUUGCACUGUUGUCAGUGUUCAAUGGGGUGCAUGCAGUGGUGUGGUCGGUAGGCAUGCGACGUUUGCAAAUAAGCUACCGCAGAGAUACAGGUAAUCGGUAUUGCCUGCAUAGUAUUGGUACCAUGGCUAUGCACACCAUGGCGUGGCCGUGGGCAUGGUACACGCGACAUAGCGGGCCAGUUUCCAUAUCUACUUUGGAUAAGCUUUUCUUCUUGGUGGUAGAGUACUGCAGAGGUGAAGUUUGGUUUGGAAAUUACACUCUCCUCCGUUUGGUGGUUCGGUCGUUGUUUCUAGUCGUGUGUCGAUGCGGACGAUGUGGGUAUCUGGGCCGCGAGACGUUGUGGUAAAGCCUCGUCCAGCCGCAGCAGUACUGUGCAGGUGUCACGGUGCAGUGACUGUAUACACAUCGCCACAGUUGAAAGUUCUCAACGGGUUCCUGCACGAGAUGACGGACAUGGAGAACAUCGCACCUGUAUCACCCGAGGAGAUCACCGAUCUUCUUUCGCCCAACCAGCAUCAAAUGGCGACCACUGUUGGCGCGGGCACCUUCGCAAGCAGCGGCGGUCUGUCUUCUCACGUCGAACAACUCCAUAGACAGCAGCCAUCGCAUCGCCAUCACCCUUACAUGACUCCACCGCUCUCGCAUGGCUCGCAUGCACCGCUCGCACCGCAUUCGUCCGCAGCUGCAGUAGCAACAGCGGUAGCUCAGGCAAUGCCCAUCCAGACACCCGCCGACCAGUGCCACUUCCCGGUCAGUAGUGCAUCAGCGGCUGCUAUGAACAGCCUAUCGACGGCAGCUGGUACGGCGCCUCACGUUCAGUUCACUCCGCCCUCGCCGCUGGCCUCACGCUGCUCGCAAGACUCGACAGGCUCUUCUGCCAACGACUAUGGCGCUGAGUCACCCCGCUCACAUCGUGCAACCUCACCGCUCAGUGGUGGAUUCUCGUCCAAGGCAACAUCGCCGCACGGCGGACUCUCCGGCAGCAUGGGUGGCUACUCGAUGCAGCACACACCCAGCUCGCCGUGCCUGUCCGACCGCUCGGACAUCUCGGCGCUGUCCUGCGGUACUGCGGCGCACUCCGUCGUGUCAUCACUGGCCGGCGGUGCCUACUCACCCUCUGCCAUGCACCACCACCAGCAGCACCACCACAGCGGCAUGCAGCAGUACGGCCUGACAGCUGCUGGACAUCCACAGCACCAUGCACAGCAACUUCAGCAGCAUCAUCACCACCACCAGCAGCAGCAGUGUCAGCAGCAGCAGAGCCAGCAGCGUCAGCAGCAGUCACAGGAACACAUGCAGCUGUAUGGCAACCAAGGCUCAGCAUCACCUCCAGCAGUCUUCACCAGUGGACGGAAGAGACAGGACAUCAAGGUCAAGCUGCCUCAAAGACGUGGAGCCGUCCAACUGUGGCAGUUCCUUCUGAACCUGCUGGAUGAGAGCUGCACGGUCACGACCGCUGAAGCGUUGGUGGAGUGGACCAACCCCGAGCUGCUGCAGUUCAGACUGCUUGACCCCGAGGAGGUCGCUACGCGCUGGGGCAAGAUCAAGCAGCGUCCGUCGAUGAACUACGACAAGCUGUCGCGCUCACUCCGCUACUACUACGACAAGGGAAUCAUGGAGAAGGUCAGCGGAGAGCGCUAUGUGUAUCGCUUCACCUGCCCGCCACAUCUGCUGAGCAAUGCGCUGAACGAGCGAGAGGAGAAACGUCAGCAGCGUAAACGCCGCGCCAACCGUCUGAGCAGCACGUACGAGCAGCCGUCUACCGCUGGCCCGGUGCGUACUUCGCUGGCAUCUUCCAGUUCCAGUGGACAGUCUCUGUGGAGGAACAACAGUUAUCCAUACCCGCCGCCUUCAAUCAACAGCAUUACCUCUCCAGCCUCAGGUCAAGCACUGUCUCACCUGGCGCAGUAUGUGGCCGGCAUCGCUCAUUAGACCGGUGUCGUAUUUGCUUGUGUGUGUGUGUGUGUAAGGGCGUGCUGCAAUAUUCUCGCCAUGCAGCACUGCAUCGUCAUAUCAGACCUGCUGCUCAUUCCUUGACCACACUUGUGUAGUGAGGCGGACAUUGAUGCCCUACACCCUGCAUCCUAGUGUGCUGUGUUCAUAUGCUUGCACAGAGUGAUUUUUUCUGAUAGUAUAGUGUGUAGUCUUCUUUUACAGCAAUAGGCAGUGUGUUUCUUAUCCUCCAUUCUUUGUGAAGAGCCAACUUACUUUGCAUAUUCGUCAUCUGCCUUGAGCUGCUCCGCGUUGAAUACUUUGAGCUGUUGAGAGUGCUCACUUUGUGUCCGAAACAUCCCAUUUCAACUUUGCUCUCCUUUUUUUUUCAGGAGGCUUGAUCCUGCCCGGCUUGUGCUUUUGGCCGGUGUGAGUGAGCAGAUUGAGUUCUACCUGGCGUUCCAAGCUACUGUGUACUGCUGAAGUGGGGCCGCUGCUCAGCUAUUCUCUUUAUAACAAUAUGAAGUGAGCGUGUGUUGAGGUGUGCUGCAUUGCAACAACAGACUUUUAUCCUUAUUAUUCCUAUUUCAAGUAGUCUUCCCUAACUCUAAUUACGAUUCCAUUGCUAUUUGACCCACACUCGACUAUUCAAAGUGAUAUUAUAACAAGCGUGAUCUGAUGAGAAACUGAGUAACUCUUUCCGAA